AGUGUAGACAUAAAGUCCCUAUCUACUUUAAUAAAAUACAUUAUAAAUAAUUUCAAUUUCAAUUAUAGAAUGAAAGAUUAGUAACAAUUGUCUAAUUAUCAUGGUUAGGGUUUGACGUAGUGACUGUUAGUAUCUCCACGUAGCUCAAAUCAUUCAGUGGCAUUUUGUAUAUGUUUGCAUAAUUUCUAGAUCACAGUAUUUUUAAACUAUGAAAAUGUUUUUAUUUUUUUAAAAUUUAGUCUAUUAAAGUGGCAAGCUUUCGUGGAACAGGAUAUUUAGAACUGAAAGGUCAACCAUUACCUCAAGAUUCUAGUUUUGGGUUUUCAUUUCAAACAAAUCAAAAAGAUGCUCUUCUAUUAUUGUCAGUAUUUGAAAGAAAAAGAAGUCCAGACAAUAGACAAAAGCACUAUUAUUUUAUUGCAAUUAUUGAUGGAAAGUUGGAAGUUAAAGUUAAUAGCGGUAACGAUAUUAGUGAAAUGUCAUCUGAUGUUACUAUCAAUGAUGGAGAAUAUCAUACAGUGACACUUAUUAAAAGAAAGAGAAAUAUUUCUAUGAGAAUUGAUGACGAAGAAGUCAGCCAUCUCAGACUUCCCAAAGGAAUUAGAGAUAUUGAAGCAACAAGUGAAGGCAGAUUAUAUUUUGGAGGAAUUCCACCAGAUUUUGAGGUUGAUUCAGACAUAUCAUCACGACCACGUUUCCAUGGAACCAUUAAAGAUGCCAUUUUUAAUGACAAAUUAUUAAAUUUUAAUGAACCAUUGAGAUUCGAAGGAGUAGGGAUUGGGCGUACCAGUUCAACAGCACUGAAUUCACAAUUUCUGUUAGCACAUCCAACUGAAAGCUGUGCUAAAAACAUACCACACAAUAUAGAAAAGAAAGCUGUAAAUUUUGGUGGUUUGUCAAAAGGAUUUGUACAUGUAAAUUUAGCAAAAAGAGAGAUUUCUCGGGAUUUUACAUUAGGUUUUGAUUUUCGCACAUAUGAAAACUAUGGAUUGAUAUUGUUGCUCCAAAAUACCAAAAGAAAACAUCAUUUUGCAAUAAUGAUUGAAAAGAAUCACUUGGUAGUAGAUUUAUUAACAAAACAAGAUAAAAUCAAACUUCAACUAGUAGGAAUAGUUAAUGAUGGAAAUUGGCAUAGUGUUGCAAUUAGGAAAAGCAAAAGACAAAUGUGGAUUGUAUUGGAUGGCAGAGAGAAGGAAGUAGAAGUUAAUCGUCGGUUCAAUUUUAAGAAUAUCCUGCAUAUUGGAAAUGUAAAGAAUGCAGUGCUCAGCAAACAAUUGGUUAAAGAGAAAUUUCAAGGAUGUAUAAGAAAUUUACACGUUAAUGAGAAAUACAGAGAAAUUCCUGAAGAUCCUACAUAUGGAACGAGUCCUUGUAUUUCUUCCGUUGAGCAGGGAGCAUACUUUAAUGAUGGUGCUUAUGCUGUAUUUGAUUCUUACAAGAAAAAUCAACAGCCAUUAGAUAUUCAUCUUGAAUUUAAAACAAAUCAAAUGGAUGGACUUUUGAUGAGGAUUGGUUCUAAAAUACCAAAUCUUCUUCUUUAUUUGCAAGAAGGAAAACUGAAAGUCUCUGCAGAUGAUAAUAUAGAGUUAAUUCAAGAGUUUCCUUCAAAAUUUGCUACAUGUAACAAUCAAUGGCAUACAGUUAAUGUUCAUUAUUCUUAUGGCAAACUUUCUAUGAAAGUUAAUGCCUUAGAAAUAAUUAGAAUGGAAGGAAAUUGGAAUCAAUACCCAGAUGAGUCAAAUCAAAAUAUUUACAUCGGAGGAUUCACAGAAGACAACUCAACAUUUUUCUCCGGGUGCAUCAAAAAUAUCAAAAUUAAUAACGAACCUCUGCCGUGGAUGGAAGCAAUGUUGAUGAAGAACGUGAUAUCUUCGUGUCCAUCGAAUUAAAUUGACUGGACGAGAGAAACUAAUUUAUUAACAAACUAAAAA